GAAAUGCUCACAUUCAGUUACUAGUCUUCAAAAAAAAUUCCUCAUUGCCGUGUGAAGUUUGCGCUUCGCAGGAGUGCUGCAGCAUGGGACUCAGCUGCUUCAAGUCCUGGAAGCACGACAGUACGGGCCACAAAGGUAACAGAGAUGUGUUGGCCAGCCCAGGCUCCUAUUUCUUUUUAUCCAACAGCGCCGGUCAGGGUGACGAGUGGCUGAAGAGCCUUAACAAGGGUGUCUGGAUCCCUUUCACAGGCGUCUUUGGUCAGCGCCUGGAGGAAACGGUGCUGUAUGAGCGACGUUAUGGGGUGCGUUUGGUUCCUCUGGUGGUGGAGCAAUGCGUGACCUUCAUUCGAGAGCGAGGCCUGCAUGAAGUGGGCUUGUUUCGCCAGCCUGGACGGGCCAGUUUAGUCAAAGAGCUGCAGGAGGCUUUCGAUUCAGGAGAGAGGCCAUCCUUCGAUAGUAACACAGACGUCCACACGGUGGCAUCACUGCUGAAGCUCUACCUCAGACAGCUGCCUGAACCGCUGGUUCCUUACAGCCACUACCAGGACUUCCUGCUCUGUGGCCAAAAGCUGUCAAGUGACCGCACACUGGGUUUGAGGGAGUUAAGAAUUCUUCUUCAUGAGUUACCAGUUGCAAACUUCAACCUGCUCAACUUUAUCUGCCAGUUUCUGAAUGAGGUCCACAGUUACUCCUGCACCAACAAGAUGAGUGUCCAGAAUUUGGCCACCGUGUUUGGACCAAACAUCCUCCGAGCCAAAGCUGAAGACCCACAAAGCAUCGUGGGAGGUGCAGCGCUGGUCCAGGUGUUAAUGUUAGAGCUGAUCAGAGAACACCAGUCUCUGUUUGCAAAAAUUCCUCCACCCAUCUAUGCCCGCCCAACUAGAAGUUCACAUGGAUCUCCAAGUGCUCUGAAGCAGCCUCAUCUCCACCCGUUGCCCUGCCCUCGCCAGCUGUCUUUGCCUCUCAUAGCGGAGCGUUUCAGGGAGACGGGACAGCCUGCUGCAGACGCAGAGAGCUCCAGCUGUGCCUUUUCAGCUGCUGCCAAAUCAGACUUGUCUUCCGGUCCGAAAAGACACCUCGGACAUCGCUACACCUCCUCCCACCCAGGGAACUGUUUCUACCCCACGCCCUCCUCCAGUCAGCCAAUUCAGCACCACUCUGACAGACAUAACGUCGACUGUCACCAACAUAACACUCACCAAAUAGCACCCACUGCAAAUGUUCAAGCCUCUGAAACCAGUUUCCAGGUGCCAGAAAAUUCUAAGCCCAGACCAGAGCUCAUGGGCUGGACCAAAGUUUGGCCAGGCCCAGGAGAGGCCAGCUCUGCUUUCUGGAGCUCUGCUGGUGCUGAGGAAGAGGGUGCAGUGCCAGAAACAGCCAGUGGGGGCAGCAGUGAGGGUCAGGAGGAGAGCACCCCUUCCGCCUAUGACAAUCUGAGCAGAGUGUCUCUACACCCACCGAUGAUGGAUGUCACUGAUGGACAUUUGAAAAUGAACUCUUCCGGAGGCCACAUUGAAACUGGUGAAGAUGAGGCAGAGCUUGAAGAAGUGGAGCACACGAGGGAUUCCUCUUCAUGGUCUUCCUGCGAGGUUUUACCAUUGGAUGAAAGCAGUGAUGAUGUCGGUGUAGUUAGUCCAGUCAGAAAUGGAGGGUUGCCUUCAAAUCAGGAAGCAGAGAAGGAAAACAAAGACGAUCAUGAAGAUAGCAACGAGGAUGAUGAUGAAAACAGUGAUAAUGACCAUGACGACCACAUCCACCACCCAAACUCUCCAGCCUCGGUUUCAGUACACAGUGGCAGCCCUCUUAGUACAGGCAGCUCAGAUGUCUUCCUUCCCUCGGGUUCUCCUGAGCUCCAGGGGGCUGAAGAUCAUCUACAACACAGGGACACCCACUCACUCCUGGCGGAGCUGCGGCAAAGGAUGGCCCAGCAGAAGUCUGAGUACCAGACCAGGAUACAGAGGUUGGAGCGCUGCAAUGAUGUCCUUGAGAGGCAGGUUGCAGUCCUGCGGGCCAGCCUGGAGCAGCAGAAGCGCAGCCAAAGUGUUGCUGAAAUCAAGAUUCGCAAGAUGGAGCGAGCCAAAGCAGACGCCGACUGCCGAAACACCAAACUGCAGAGAGACAUGGAGCUGUUUUUCCAGAUGUAUGGAGAUAUCAGGAGAAGUGAAGAAGACAAAAAAGGGAGAGUAGGAGGGAGUAUCUGA